AUUUCUUUUUGUUCGCAAAACACGUUUUCUUUUCGUCUUUCCUAUUCCAUCUCGUGUGUUUUGCUGGGGGAGGAGGGACGAAGUGUCGUCUGCUACCACUCGCCACAGAACACUGUAAACCCACCUAAAAAUUUCAAAGCACCCGGCACAGAGCAUGUUGACCAGCUCUGAGGCCAUUUUCGUUGUUCAAAAAUUGCAGUAUAUUGGAAUGCAACGCAUGAAAAAUGCAGAGCGCCGAAGAAACACUGCAACCUAUGGAAACCCCUUACUUUUACACAUCAUCCUCAUCACCGGAAUACCCGUAAAUGUCAUCCGAUGGCUCUCUCCUCGUCCUGUCCAGAUCCAUGUCAUCCGUAUCAUCCGCUGAAGAAUCGUCGUCAAAAACAGAGGAAGAACCUUGAGAUUGAACGGACUUGGCUCGUUUCUCGACACGAGAUCCUACUACAGCCUUGCCCUUGCCUUUAUCCUUGCCACGAGAUACAGGUCGUGGAGCUGCCUGCCCAGACCCAGAUACUCCCUUCUUGGGAGCAGAAGGAGCAGUACUCUUCUUGCCGAUCUGUGCAGAUAAAGUUAGCAAUGGUCUUCUUGAGCAUCGCAAUCAUAGUUGAUUAUGAGACUCACAGUAUCCUGUGGGUACCACUUCCUUGGCACAAGAGGAACCCAUUUGAUCUGGUUAUGCGCAAUACCUUUAUCCCGCAUGAGCUUGUAUUGAGCUUUGACAAUACGCUCGACGUCGGCAUUGGAGUUGACUUGAGAAUCUAUCUCGAUUACACGUCGAGGGCCGAGUUGGUAAAACGAGUGCCGACGCUGCGAGAAGGACAAUGAUUAGUGUGUGCUCAAACCUGGUCAAAGACAUCGGAAUGGGAAUCUUACUCGUGCACUGCGCUCUUUGACACAAGGGAAGUCUUUGGUGUAGUCACACCCAGACUCUGCAUGAUAAAUGCAGUUGCCGCACUUC